AUGAUCGACAGACAUGCCGAGCCACCUCGCUCGACAAGGUCUAUCUUCCGAGAAGAGACUGGUCAAGUCCGGAGUGUGGUGGAGAUUCUGCUUCCGGCCACCGAGCGUGACGGAUGCAUGAUGACGGGCUCCGUUGGAGCGGCUUCAGCGGCCUUUUCUGGCCGCGGUAACAGGGCUAUGGAAAUGGAAGACGACUACCAGGUUGUUCUGCCAAGUCUCCCAACCGGGCGUUUAGUUUUAAAUACUGUUUUUUUGCACGCGGAUAUCAGGGCCCGCCCGUACCGGGUGGAAGAUUUUCGAGACGCGUUGGCUAGGCAAUCGCUUCUCUCGGAUGUUAUCGCCCUGGGGGCGUAUCGGAUGAGCCAUUUCUGGGCCAUUACGCUGAAGGAUGCGGAUGCCGUUAAGAAGAUUGCAGGCGUCGGUGAGCUGCGCGUCAAAGAACGCCGCUGCAUGGUUAUCGACCCGGCAAACCAGGACGUACGUCUCAAGCUCCAUUGGCUGUUUCACACCGUGCCGGACGAGGACGUGCGUGUCGCGCUCGCACCGUACGGAAAGGUCUCCGAGGUGGUCCGAGAGCGCUGGCGUGUGCACGGCGUGUCAGAGAAAGGCUCAACGAGCAGGAUGGUCACGCUGAAAUUGAAAGCUGGCGUUAAACUGGACGACUUGCCGCACCAGCUUAACGUUGGGGGUGAGUUGGCACUCGUCGUUGUGCCUGGAAGGCCUCCGUUAUGUCUUCGCUGCCGAGGUACGGGACACAUUCGACGGGAGUGUAAGGUGCCGCGAUGCGGAGCUUGUCGACGUUUCGGUCACGAAGACGGUGAGUGCCUCCGUACUUAUGCAAGCAUCGCCGGCCCUGGAACCAGUGAAGAUGCCUCGGAGCAUUUGAUGGAUGAGGCGGACGCAGAAGAGGACAACUGGGAAAACGGAGACGAAAGAUGGGCCUUCGUUUACGCCUCUGGUUAA